UCCUGGACUCCUUCUCCCCAGGCCCCUGGAAGGGAGUGUGAUGCCCCUCACCCUCCUGCUGCUGCUCUGGGGGCCCCUGGCCCUGAUGGAGACCCGGGCGGGCUCCCACUCCCUGAGGCUUUUCUACACCGCGACGUCCCGCAAUGGCAACGGCAACAGCAAAGGCAAUGGCAACCACAACCACAAUGGGGAGCCCCGCUUCAUCGCCGUGGGCUACGUGGACGACACGCAGUUCGGGCGGUUCGACAGCGACUCUCCAGGCCAGAGUGUGGAGCCUCGGGCGCCCUGGGCGGAGCAGGUGGGGCAGGAGGACCUGGAUGAGGAGACUCAGAACCAAAGGGACAACGUGCUGUGGUGCGAAGCGCUCCUGAGGGACCUGCGUGGCCGCUACAACCAGAGCAAGAACGGGUCUCACACCCUCCAGAGGAUGUUUGGCUGUGAAGUGGGGCCAGACCUGAGUCUCCUCGGUGGGUAUGAAAAGUUCGCCUACGACGGCGCGGAUUUCAUCUCCCUGAGCGAGGACCUGCGCUCCUGGACCCCCGCGGACCCGGUGGCUCAGAUCACCCAGCGCGAGUGGGAGGCGCAGGGGAGGGCCGAGCGCGUCAGGCACAGUAUACAUGGCAGGUGCUUCCAGUGGCUCCUCAGAUUCCUGAUUUUGGGGAAGGAGGUGCUGCAGCGCACAGAUCCCCCCAAAACACAAGUGACCCACCACCCCACCUCUGACCAGAAGGUCACCCUGAAGUGCUGGGCCCUGGGCUUCUACCCUGCGGACAUCACCCUGACCUGGCAGCAGAAUGGGGAGAACCUGACCCAGGACACAGAGCUGGUGGAGACCAGGCCUGGGGGGAAUGGAACCUUCCAGAAGUGGGCAGCUGUGGUGGUGCCUUCUGGAGAGGAGCAGAGAUACACGUGCCAUGUGAAGCAUGAGGGGCUAUUGGUGCCUACAGUCCUGACUUGGGUGCCCCCUCCUCAGUCCUCCAUCCCCACUGCGGGCAUCAUUGCUGGCCUGGUUCUCCUUGGAGCUGUGGUGGCUGCAGCUGUGUGGUGGAGGAAUACGGGGUCAGGGGGACACACAGUCAGCUACAGUCAGGCAGCAGUUUGCUUCUUCAGGUGCCAGAUUUGUGUACAGCACACGGGCUCCUCCCUUUUAAGGACCUAUAGGUGGACUUCACAAAAAUCAAGCCUUGCAGAGGCUACAGAUAUCUGCUUGUUUUGAUCUGCACCUUCUCUGGGUGGGUAGAGGUGUCCCCUCCAGAAUGGAGAAGGCCCAAGAGUCACCAAAGCUCUUGUAAAAGAAAUAAUUCCUAGAUAUGGGGUCCCAGUGACUACUGGCAGUGAUAC